UACAACUUUUCCUGCUUGUGAUUUAUUGGAAAAACAAAUUUUUAGCGGAGUUAGUAGUUGUGCGUUCACAUUUAUCUAUUUAAAUUAAGGCACUGUUUUGUUCUUCGUGCCAUUCUGUGAUUAUUUAUUUAUUGAAAUGGAUAAUCGACAUAAGAAAAUUAUCGCUUGGCAGCAACAAGUGGAAGACGAGAAAUCUUCAAUCAUAGCUUCUUUAGAUGUGUUAUCGCACAAAGUCCAAAAAAAGCUAAGUGAUGGAUUGAAAAAGAAAGACUACAUUGGAAUAAUAAACUAUGAAAUAAAUAUUUUAAAGAAACUUUCAGAAAUCAGCAUGGAUUUAGACACAUUUAUUCAAAAUGAACUGUCAGAUGAUAUAGCUGAGAGUGUUGAAGCAGAUAUUAAAAUAACUACUGAUGGUUCAAGUAGUUUAACUGUUACUAAAAUAAUUGAUUUACAUGAAUGUAAGACAACUGAAACAAAUGAUCAAACAGACUCUCUCUAUUCAGAUAAAGAAAAACCAGUCACAGAUUUUUACAAACAGUUUUCAGAAUCAAAUAGUCAAAUUAAAACCGAAUUUUAUGACAUAAACAAUGUUCCUUCGACAUCUGCUUUGCCAUCGUUAACAUGUGGCAUUGCAGUUUCCUCUGAGGAGCAGGAUGCCAUGUUAAAAGAAAAUAUAAACAAACUCACACAAUCUUUGGGAUUGAUUGAAAAAUUAGAUGAUUAUAAAGAUUAUUAUGAAAAGAAUAUUCAUGAUAUACCAGAAAAAGAUACCAGUUAUGAAAAAAGUAAAUUAGAUCAACGUGAAUCUGCAUUAAACAUUUCAAAAAAUACUGAAAUUACUAAAAAUGAAACUGUUACUGAUAAUCUUAAGGCCAGCCCUAAUGAUAGUACUGGUGCAAGUAAACAAAACUUGUCUCUGACAAGUGAACAGGAAUGUGACAAUAUGUUCAAAUGUAAUGUGAAGAAGAAUUGUCAAAAGAAGGCAAAUAACAAAAAUUCCUUUGAAAUACCUGACCAGAAUCCGCCACAAGUCGGUACGGAGUGUGUAUUUAGUCAUGUGGAAUGUCCAGAUGAAUUUUACAUCCAUUUAAUAGAUGAAGACACUAUAACAAUGAUCGACAACAUAUCAUAUGAGAUAGAAAAGUCGUUAAACAAAAAAAUUCAGUAUAAAGACAAAGAGGAGGCUCAUGACCAAAUUGGAAAAUUCUGUGUUGCAUACACUAAUGAGAAAAUCUGGUGUAGAUGUGAAAUAGUGAACUGGUUUCUGGAAAAAGAAACUAAUGAGGUACAAGUACAAUUAUGCGAUUACGGUAACUGCUUGAUAAUCAGCUACAAAAUGUUGCAACCAUUAACUAAAGAAGUCGCAAAUAUUCCAAAAUUGGCGAUUAAAUGCAACCUGCCAUGGUUGUAUCCUCCAGGGUCCACCCAUUUAAACAGAUUGACAAAAUGGCCUGAAGAAACAAUAGAAACUUUAAUACAGAUCAGCGAGUUAUUUAGCUCAUCUGACGAGAACAGGGUUUUCAAAUUAUUAUUUUGCGAUAAAAUUAACAAUUCUUAUGGUAUUGAUCUUUACAACGUCACAAGGAACUGUCCAGAUGAUACUGUCGGCCAAAUCUUAAUCGAUCUUGGGUUUGCUGUUCAACUAUUUGAUGAUUUGGACGUAAACAAUUUAGAAGUGGAAGAAUACGUAUAUGAUGCACAAAACUACGGUGUUACGGAUAAUAUCAAUGAGGCGAUUCAAGGUUACGAUGCAAAGGACGAAGCCAGAAUAUGCAGAUAUACGAGACCUGAUGGGACUUGUUUUAAGGGAAAGAAUUGCAGAUUUGAACAUACUCCAUUCAACAAAGGUGGAUUUACUACGGACAAAUUGGUAAUUUAUAGAGCCGCAUGUCAUCCCUUUAUUUUACCCAAUAAAUACAGUACGGUACACAUUUUAAUCACUGGUUAUAAAAAUCAGUCUACUUUCUAUGCUCAAAUUGUCAAUAAACCAAUUCUUCAAAACGAGAGUUAUUAUAUGGACAAACUUAUAUUCAACCUUAUUUCUUCUAUGAACUCUGACCAUAAAAUUCGUUCGUAUGAAAAAUUUAAAGUUAGCCCGGAGAUCGGAGAAAUAUGUAUUGCUUAUCAUUGGAGUAGAAAAUGGUUGCGAGGAAUCAUACAUAGUCUUAAUGAAGGGCCCGAGGGAAUGCCUGUAUCAGCUGAUAUAUUUAUGUUAGACUUUGGUGAUACUGUAACAGUACAGUUUGAAAAAAUGCGGCAAAUGCAAGAAGAAUUCCUUAUGCUGCCAUUUCAAGCAUUUGAGUGUUAUCUUGAUCGCUACCAGCCCAAAGAAACUAUGAAUUCUGCAGCCAAGACUUUUAUUCUGGAAAAUAUACUUUUUAAAAACUUUAUGGCGACGAUUUUGUCAGAUUCGUUACCUAUAAAAGUGAAUAUUAGCGGCAUGAAUAACGUCAAUAUCGGUGACGCGAUGUAUGAAAUGGAUUUUUUGGAACCACGAAAGAUUGGCAGUGAUCCGCCUGGUUCAUAUGAGUAACAAUAAAAGUAAGUACUAUUUUUUUUUCUCAACUUCUCAUCCAAAUAUAGUAAUAAAUGCGUUAGUUUAUUUAGGUUAGAAUACUUUUAAAGAAAUUAAAUAAAUAAAUUUAAUACUUAAAUGUGUUCUGGUCUAAUAACUUAAUCAUAUAUCACAGAAAAUAAAUGUAAUGUUAAAUGUAUACAAAAAAGUUUUAAGAUUUUAAAUAAAUGUACUUAAAUGUGUAUUUUCUGAUCUAAUAACCCAUAAUCACGCAAAAUAAAUGUAUUGUCAAAUGUGUUCAAAAUGUAUGUACUGUGAAAUGUAUUCAAAAUAAAUGUAAAAUAAUAUGUUA